AUGAAACUAUCAAUCACCAUAUUAUCAUCAAUCUUGUCUGUCUGCUCAGUUACUACAGCUAGUCCAGUUUAUCCCAGUUCGACCAUGAGUGCUGAAGCUAGCACUUUGACAGCCUCCCCAAGCGCAAAUCCAGCUGGUGGAGAUGUCUAUCCGGUUUUUCCUAGCGCAUAUAAUCUUGAGAAAUAUUGCGAUUCAUUCGAUACUACUGAAGCGUCGUUGAUCAAAGAAAUUGCAAAAGCUCAUGUUGGAAUUGAUGUGAUGUCUACACAACUUGAAGGCCUACAUUAUCAGUAUGACUUUCAAAAAGGAGUGAUUAUUAAAGUGGAGCAACAACUCGAAACUCUGCGUCAAACUCCGGGUCAGGAGUUGGGUGCUGCUGAAGCCAGGCUUAAGAUGCAGCAUGAGGUUCUUGAUGGACUCAAAAAUGAGCUGAAAGAACUCGUUAAGAAAGCUUCGGAUAUAAUUAAGAAAGAAGAGAGUUUGGAGAAAAAGCUUACAGAGCACUUGUCGCCUGGAUCAUCAGCGAAUGGCGGUAUCCUAAAAUUAAAAACAGUUUCCGGAUAUAAGAAAUGCUACGAGUUCUUCUUUGAUCAUUUUUCGCAGUGA